AUGUUUCCUGUCCCUUUGCAAAGUGCCUGUGCACGUUCAAUGACCGCUUUUGCAAUGGAUACUGGCCUCUUGGAUUCGCAUGCCGACUUUGGUAUCAACGCCCCACCCAAAAACCGAAUUGAAUAUCGACGACUUACCACUUGUUCCCCGAUCUAUGGUGUCGACUUCGGUACGGACCGGGAGGAGGCUGGCCUUGGUGCCGAUAUUGUCGUUGGCAACGAUAAAGGACUGGCACUGGCACAAACGGCCAGCGAAGCCAUCGAAAUCCUGAGAGAACUACGACAGCUUAGAGAGCAACGUGAAAACCUGAACCGGUAUGAAAAGAUAGCCAGGGAGCGCUUUCUGUUAACUUACAAACGCGACAAGCUACAUAAUGCCAGUGACAAUGAGUGUCGAAUGAUCGAACGGGCGAACAUAAAAGUCCACGGAGGCGAUGCUUUAGCCGACGCAGAGCUGUACGACGAUUACGGUCGACGGGAUUACACACCAAAGUUUGAGAAGCUUCUCCAAAAAUUCUUAGAGAAAAUAGAAGCUGCAAAGUGA